AUGGCACGUCGUGGUUUAUCGUUGCAACAAAUGCUUGAUUACAUUCAAGAGCUCGAUGAAGCAGAAGACCAAAAUCAACUAACAGAUAUACCAACUGCCAUUUACAUCGAACCUCCUGUAGAUGGAAACAUAUCGGGCGAAGAUGACGCUGAAGACGAAUGUGGGGGCAUCCCAGAUAAUGUUUGCCCGGCUCAGCUAAAAGGCGGCUGUGAAGUUGUAAUGACUAGUGGACGACAUUUACAAAAUUUUGAUGAAGAAGAUGAAAUUGGAGCUCCAAAUAUAAAAGAUUUGCCCGUUAUUGUGGUAGAAGACACAUAUCAAGGAAUGGAGGAGCAACCGACAACAUCCAAUCGUGCAACAUCACCAGACAGAAGGCGGUUACGUAAAGUGCGGCCAAAACCUUCAAAUGUUGCAUUGCCACCAGGGAAUAAGGAAGCAACAUUUGAAUGGGUAAAGAAUGAUUCGCCAUCUCUUAUUCCCAUUUUUCCAGUUGCAAAUUACGAAGAUUGUCGUAAUUUACUACCACACCAACAAUUUGAAAAAUUUUUUGAUGACACAUUAUUGGGACACAUUUGCGAACAAAGUGCAGUAUAUGCGAUCGAACAGAAUGGACCAAACCCUAAUAUAACAGUCAGUGAGCUUCGAGCGUUUAUCGGCAUAUUGAUCAUUACUGGCUACAAUUAUCACGCCAGUUACAGAAAUUUGUGGAGUCAGGAUGAAGACAUUCGCAACAACCUUGUAAGUGAUACCAUGCGUCGGAAUCGAUUUCAAGAUAUUUUGCAAAGUCUUCACUUCGAAGACAAUUCCAAGGCUUCUUCUAAAACCGGUGUAAAUGCCGACAAAAUGUGGAAAUUGAGGCCCCUUACUGAUCACUUGAAAGCAAAAAUGAUUAAACAUUUUCAUGCCGAACAAAAUCUUUCUUUCGAUGAAAGUAUGAUAUCUUAUUUUGGUAGACAUGGAUGCUACUUGGUGAACUUCGAAAUUUACCAGGGAAAGAAUCCUCGUUCGAAUGUUGAGUAUGAAGCCAAGUUUGGAAAAUGCGCCGCCCCUUUGAUCAAUAUGAUCGAUGAUUUUCCUGAUAGAUUGAAAUCGCUGCCACUUUCGUUUUACUUUGAUAAUCUGUUUACCAGUUAUCCUUUGUUAGCGUAUCUUAUGCGGAUAUAA